GCCACGGUAUACACACAUCUUCUCGGAAGGUGAGUGAGCAAACCAGCAUCACACUGGCAUCCACCACAAUAAAAUCAAUGGCCUGGCCUGGCCUCUAAUCUCUGCCUGGUUGUCAUUAAACACCAACCCUCUUUCCUCGAACCCCUUUCCGAACCUUCUCUCUCACUCUUCAUUUUAAGCCCUGUCUAUAUAUAAUGGCGCGCGCCCCCUGCCCCAUCAUAUUCACAACCGCUAUCCCCUCUCUCUCUCUCUCUCUAACUCUUACGUAUAAAAGUAAAAUCUUUGAAGCAAUGGCAGGAGGGGUUCUGGAAUUCGAGGAUUUCUUCCCAAUAAUGGCUGAUAAAUUGGGGGAAGAGAAGUUCAUGGUGGAGCUUUGCAACGGGUUUAGGCUCUUGAUGGAUGAAAGCAAGGGCCUGAUCACUUUUGAGAGCUUGAAAAGAAACGCUUGCUUUUUGGGCUUGGAGUGCUUGAGCGAUGAGGAGAUGAUGGAGAUGGUUAGAGAAGGGGAUUCAGAUGGCGAUGGUGGGCUUAAUCAGAUGGAGUUUUGUGUGCUGAUGGUUAGAUUAAGCCCUGCUUUAAUGGAGGGCGGCCAGAGAUGGCUUGAAGAAGCUUUGUUCCAAGAGUUGGAGGAAUUUGUGAGGUAGACUACUUGAUGAAAGUUUUUUAUUGGGGAAAUCCAAAUCCUUGUUCUUUGUAUUGAAAUCAAAGAAGAAAUACGAACGCUAAUUCCAUUGAUUAAUCUUGAAUUGUUUAUCUCAUUUUCUUUUUUUAGUUUUUCAGUGUGUACAAUGUAACAACUGCUCGAUUUAACCUUGAUUUCCCUAUUU